AAAACGCUCCUAAAUCAAUUAAAAACGGGUCAAACCAGUUUGAUUUCGGAUUUCUGGGUCAACCCGAACCCAACCCGGUUUUGCAAACGGAUUAAAAUCCCUAGUUCGGGUUGACCUAAACCCAAAAAUUUGGAUCGGUUUUAGGCCAGAUUUUUAAGUCAUGUCAAAUAUUGACAACCCUAUCCUCCAUUGAGGGACAUCCUUCUCAAACCUCUCCAAUGUCCUAGGAACGGGGCAUCUUCUCUAAAUGAGUUCUUUUUCUGCUACCUCCAUGGUAGAAGGUUUUUGAACUGAUGUGUUUUGCUCGUAGAGAAGCUUUAGUAGUACCUCUAAUAUGUAAGACGUUCAGAGGAUGAUUCUAGAGGGACGGGGCAUGGAUUUUGAUCUAAUCUGCAACCAAGAAAAGCCUCAAUGAGACUAAAAUUGGCAACGGGGAAGGACUUGGAACUCUUUUUCAGUCUUCUCCUUCCCAUUUGGACUCUUGAGCGGCAUGAUAAAAUCUACAUGGAAGACGCACUGCACUGCAUGACGCUUGGGCCAGCCAUGGUGAUGUUCUCGGAGAGACCGAGAUCACAGAUUUUGUAUUUAAAGAGAUCAUUUUCAUUCUUUGUUCACAUGCACUGGCUCAGCGCUGAAAGCUUCUCUGCAUGGCGUCGACCCACCCAAGUCUUCACCUCUCCCAUCCAACCCCGGACAUCUUCGCCUGGAACUGCCUCCUCCGCUCCCACCCCAGCCCCGUUUCCCUCUACCCUCGCAUCCUCCGCCAUGGCUGUCGCCCGGACUCCUUCACCUUCCCCCUCAUCCUCUCCUCCGUUUCUCUAAUCACUCCCCACCUUCUCUCCUCUCUCCUCCCCCAACUCCACGCACACAUCCACCUCUACGGCCUCUUCCACCACCCGCACGUCCUCUCCUCCCUCAUCUCCUCCUACUCAGCCCUUCCCUCCGACCUCCUCCUCUUCCUCUCCCUCCCUCUACCCCUCCACGACCUCCCCACCUCCAACUCCCUACUCUCCUCCCUCCUCCGUGCCGACCACCUCCUACCCGCCCGCAAGCUCUUUGACCAAUUACCUCACCGAAACGUCCUCUCCUGGUCCUCGCUCAUCCACGGCCACGCUAAUCUCGGCCAGCCCCACGCCGCCCUCUCUCUUUUCAACGCCAUGCUCGCGGACCCCCGAGCCCCUCCGCCCAACCUCUUCACCCUCUCCUCCGUUCUCGCCGCCUGUGCACGCUUAGGCGCCCUACACCACGGCCUUUGGAUCCACGGCUUCAUAUCACGCCGCGGCCUCUCCAUCAAUGCCGUGGUCGCCACCUCCCUCAUCGAUAUGUACUCCAAAUGUGGCUGCGUACAGCACGCCCUCAACGUGUUCGACGAAUUGGCCCCUCAAAUCCGCGACGCCACCGCAUGGACUGCUAUGAUAUCAUGUCUCGCCGUGCACGGUCUUGCCCGAGAAGCCCUCGCCAUGUUUGACGACAUGGUAAGAAACACCAGCUUGACACCAAAUUCCGUCACAUUGCUGGCCGUUCUCCAGGCUUGCGUGCAUGGUGGGCUGAUUCGAGAGGGCGAGCGGCAUUUCGCCGCGAUGAGAUCCGAUUUCGGCAUCGCGCCUUCGAUCGAACACUUUGGGUGCAUGGUUGAUCUCUACGCCCGCGCCGGGUUGAUCGACCGAGCAUGGUCGACGGUUCGAUCAAUGCCAAUGCCGCCCGAUUCGCUAAUCUGGGGAGCUCUGCUUGGUGGUUCGAGAACCCAUGGCGAUAUUCUCACAUGUAAGGCUGCCAUCAAAGGGCUUAUCGAGAUCGAACCAGAGAACAGCGCCGCUUACGUGCUGCUCUCCAAUGUCUACGCCAAGAUGGGGAAGUGGGACGAGGUAUCCUCCAUUAGGAGGCUUAUGGAGCAAAAUAGUGUGAAGAAGACGCCUGGAUGCAGCUCCAUUGAAGUCGAUGGCCAGUUCCAUGACUUCUACGCCGGUGACAUCUCUGCUUUGGAGGCUGAAGAGUUGUAUCUGAUGGUGGAGGAGAUGAUGGGGAGGUUGAGGAGAGUGGGAUAUGUUGGUAAUACUGGGGAGGUGUUGCUGGAUUUGGAGGGGGAGGAUGAAGGGAAGGAGCUGGCACUAUUGACGCACAGCGAGAAGCUAGCGGUGGCAUUCGGGCUGAUGAAGACGAGAGAAGGGACGGAGAUAAGAGUGGUGAAGAACCUCAGGAUUUGUGUGGACUGUCAUGAGGCGAUCAGGCUGGUUUCUAGGGUUUAUGCAAGAGAGAUUUAUGUGAGGGAUUGUAAUCGUUUUCACCACUUCAAGGAUGGCCAUUGUUCCUGCAAAAAUUACUGGUGAUCCUAUAUAUAAGAGAUUAUUAUUGAGAAGGAAGAAGUUAAAUAAAUACUAAAGAAUUUUAUACAA